AUGGAGCUUGAGGUCGCUAGCGAUGGGGAUGUGUACGCCCGUUCGCUGCAGGAGGCGAGGUGGGAUAUCUUGCAAGGGUUAAAUGUGGCAAAAGACUGGGGGCGACUUGAAGAAAGACACCCGUUCUUCCGUGAUGUGAUAUUGGACGCGAAGCGACAGGCGAAACUGUUGGCAUCGGUACUCACAGCGACGGAGUUUUUUCUUCAGCGACUGCUGUGGUGCUGCGAAAAUGAUACGGCACCCAGCUUUGUUGAUGCAAAUAGGGUGAAACAAUGGCGCGCUUCCCUUGCGGUGUUUAUAUCACUUUAUGAAUCUUCUCCUGUCCCGACCCGGGCGCGUUGGUUGGCCGAGUCGCGGGAACGCGCAGAUGGGACAUGUGCCGUGAGUGUGGAUGGCGAUGAAAAAUAUAAUAGCUACGACCACAAUAAGGUUCGAGGUAUGGAUGAUGACGAUGUUGAUGAUGAUGAUGGUUCCUUUGUGGAGAAUCGUUUAAAAGACAUGGUUUUGCAGUGUCUUGCAAUUGGGAGAAUGUGGUGCCGUCAGCUCGACGAGGAGGACGAGAUGGCAGUGAAGGUACGUCACGCCUUGUCUGUUAUGGAUGCCUUUGCAGCCCCAAAGACGUUUGACUGGUGA